GGCCGGCACUCUCUCUCGCUCGGGCCUCUCGUUACCAACUAACACACAGUAGGCCGUGGUCGUACGUACUACUCGACGAGGUCGGGAAGCAGUUCGUUCUUCUACGGGCGGGAUUGUGAGGUGAGCGAAUGGACUCUCCAUCUCCUGGGCUUCAUCUCACUAAGUACUUCAGCCCGACGCAGUGCCUGGUCCGAAGAAGGGCCAAGCAUGCGACACCGACACCGCCCAUCGUCAACCCAGGAAGAGGCGUAUGCCGAAGGCAUGGGCUCGUUGCGAUGCUGCUAGUGGCCGACCGAUCCAGAGUGGUGGAUGCGUUUGGAGGGGUGGCGGUAGGAGUAGCUUCUGCGCUUCGAGCUGGGUCACCGCCUGGGUCGGAAUGCACGGCAUCAGGUCGGAGGAUGAUGGUUCGACCACGCCCGGCCACCUUGGCGCCGACGACUGAUGCCGGGGAAGGCCGAGCUCUUUCAGGUAUUAAGUCCAAUUCGCCAAGUGAGGGCACGAGCGAGGACGGGGGGACGUCAAGCAAAACGGCCACGGUAGAUAGAGUUGAAGCGCAGGCGGCGGCGGGGGGGAGAGGGAAGGACGAGGCACGCCAGAAUGGAAACCGAAAACGGCUCGGAGUCAUUGGUCGUGCUGGCAGCGAAGAUCGACGGUUUCAGAGGCGCACCUUGAGGACACCGAGACCGAGCACCCGUGUCGCCAGCUUCCGGGAGCUCAACUCGCGCAAGGUGGACCCUUCGUUGGUGAAGCAGUCCGUGCUCCACUACCUCUCCAACCCGGAGGAACUGACCGUCAUGCAGUUCACCAACCUCGGGAUGGCUAGCAGUCGGCACUGCGACAUACACCUAACCGUGGAAGUGUGCGAGCAGGCCCGAUUGGUGGGUAUUACGCCUGACGUCCGGUUCAUGACCAACCUGGUGAACGCGGCGUCGCAAAGCCGGCGGUGGGUCAUGGCGCUCCAGCUCUUGCAGCUCAUGCGCUCCAACGGCACCCCGCCCAAUGAAGUGACUUACACGAGUGUGCUGUCCAACAUGUCCAAGGCGAAACAACACCACAUAGCUGCCGAGACUAUGCGGACGGAGGGGCUACAAAAAAGCCUCUUCGCGUACAAUGCCCUCAUCUCCGGCUGCGCGUCGGGCCGCGGGUACGAACGCGCGCUAGGGUACUUCGACGACAUGAGGAAGGCGGGUGUGGGGCCGAACGAGAUGACGUUCGCGAGCAUCAUCGCUACCAUUAGGGACGGCUCUGCAGGAAGCCCCGAGCGAGCUAUCGAGGCUGUCCAGAUGAUGAAGGAGGCCGGGCUGCGACCGGACACGUACUGCAUGAACUCUGUCAUGGCAGUCAACGUGCAAGCUAGGCAGCCCAACGCUGCUCUGAAAAUUUUUGAGGAGAUGAAGAGGGACGAUAUCCCGAGGGACGUGGUGUCGUACAACACGGCCAUCUCCGCCUGCGAUAAGCUAAAAGAUGCAGAGACCGCCGUGCGGCUGCUACGGCAGGCGAGAGAAGACGACGUCGAGCCUGACGUGUUCUCGUACAACACCGUCAUCAGUGCGCUUGGUCAUAGCUCCCAAUGGCAGGAGGCCGCUCGAAUUUUCGAGGAGAUGAACGAGGCAGGGGUGGCACCAUCGCUCAUGACAUACAAUACCCUCAUUUCCGGCUGUGUCCGUGCGCAAGCCCCUAGCGAGGCCCUAUCGGUGUUCUACCUCAUGAAAGAGAGGGGCAUCAAGCGAGAUCAGUACUCCUUCGCGGGCGCGCUCCACGCGAGCGUGCAUCUCAGAGAUUACGAGCUGGCCAUGAAUCUCUUGGAGGAGAUGAUCGACAUGGGGAUGCCGGCUAACUCGCAGAGUUACGCGACGGCCAUCCGCACGUGCGCGCGUUGCAGCAAGAGCGACGAGGCCGUGUUCCUGUACGCCUCCCAACUCCGCAUGACCAUCGUCCCGACCGAGAUGACGUACAAGGCUCUCGUCGAAGCUUUUACCGACUGCAAAGACGCGAGGAGGGCGGCGUGGGUGCUGGACGAAAUGCGGGAGAUGCUGGUGCCGAUCGAGCAUGUGCACCUGAUGGAUGUGCUCUACGCGUGCACCGACCAGUGCGACGUCGCGCUUGAAGUCCUCCGCCUCAACGAGGAGCUAGGCUUGGACGCUGUCCCCAAGAUGUACGCCAUGGCCUUGGAGGUGUGUAUCGCGGCGGGCGAUAAUGAGGCGUCGACGACCGCCCUGGACAAGAUGACUGCAGCUGGGUUCCAGCCACGGCCGGAUCAGGAGAAGCGCAUGCUGCGGUCAUGCGCCGAUCCCCAGUGGAUCUCGAAGCGGCAUAGCUCGGGAGAAUCGCAAAGAGUCGAGGAGGGCGAGGGCAAGGGCGAGGGCGAGGGCGGGGAUGUGCGGACUGAUUUUUGGCAAGCGAGAGAUGAGGAGCAAGGAUUCUAUCAACGAGAGGCGUAGCGCUCCACGUCUCCCCUCCUUUCGUGUGCACGGGGCAUGGCAAGUACUUGAAGGACUCGGGAACAAAUGCUCCCUUGGCAAUGAUGAGGCAAAUGAGUGGCUUGGGUGUGCUGGUUGCAAACGCGCGUUGUCACCAGGGGGGUGGGUAUUGACAUUUUGUUUUUUUUACUGUGUUGGCGUUGAUGGUGUCAAGUGGGGCGUACUGCAGGUUUACUUAGCGUCAAGCAUUUUGAUCAGGGGGGUCGCUGUGUUUCAAAUGAGAGCCGGGUGGAAAUCCAAUGUUCCUUGGGAAUUUUGGACUGGGCGGUAACUGGGGCACGUUCAGUCAGGCCGACUGAAGAGAGCUCGCAACGCUUCCUCGAGUUCAAGUUUUCAUCCUGGAUGGUUGUAACAAACACAAAGUGAGGCCGGAACCCCUCGUUUCGCGUAUCCAGACGAUUACGGUUCUGCUGAGGCGACCGGCAUGACGUAAAAGACAGAUAGCCGUCAUAUUUCGAGAGUCUCAGGGCAGUGGGCAGGGUCGGAACGCAACAUUUUUAAAACCUUCAUGUGUGCAGUCCUUCGCGUUGGUUCUGUGGCGAGUGGAGCUGACUGAAGGGACAUUAUUAUUAAUACAAGGCGAGCCUAGGGAUUGGAUGUGCGUCGAGAAUUGUAAACAGAAAGGAGGAGGGGAUUAGGAACAGAAGGGUCGUUGCGAAACUCCGUGUCUUUGUUGGUAGACACGGCUGCCAGUGGACGCAGGUAUAGUUAGGCACAAAGAUGUUAUUUCGCAAGUAUUGCUGAGCCUUUGUUUGUGUGUCGGAACCACCGGUUUAGUGUGGAGGCAGACUUGCACAUGAAAGCAGGCUGGUUAUGGAAACGGCACUGGAUUUUGAGCAGGUCCG